AUGUUACCAUACAAAACAUUUAUGCGGAGACUUUUCAAGAAAAACCUGCUACUGCAGUCACCAGCAGAAGGUAAGUAAGGGUAAGUAAGGUCUCAAUUUAGACUAGUAAGAUUUUUGAGCAGUUUAAUUUGUUGGUGUAGAUGGAGAAGAAAACUUUUUUUAAAUUUAUCAUUUUCACAAAAACCAUAAUGCACCUUGUUUACCCCCCAAACUUUUGCAUAGCCCUUGUCUUCAAUUUCUAUUUGGGAUGACUGUAAUCUCGUCCCAGGACAAAUUGGAUACAAUGGUUAGGCUAAAUAUUAGAGGUAAAAAGGUGUAUUAUCGUCUUAGUAAAAAUGGUAAAUAUGAAAAAAGUGAUCACGACUUCUUCUCCAUUAAAACCACCAAAUAAAACUUAUCAAAUAUCUUACCAGUUUAUGUUUAUAAAUCGAGACCUUUCCUACCCUUACUUAACAUCUGCUAGCGACUUAAGUGGAAGAUUUUUCUGGAAAAGACUUUGCAUAAAUGUUUUGUUUGGUAACAUAGAUAGAAAAAUCAAACAAGUUUUUCCUUAAGGAAUAAACACUUUAACUUUUCCCCCUGGGGUGUGGGGGGCCGAGCCCACACCCCCCUCUCCCCCUUCCCGGGAGGGGAGUUUGGGCGGGAGCCCACACCCCACUGCCGGGUAAUUUAUUCAUAUAUUCAUAUCCUUUUACUCAAAAGAGCGCCGCAUUGCCGUUUUUACAUCUGUAUACUCAAAAGAGCACCGCAUUGCCGUUUUCUAGAUGAUAGGGUAUUUUUAGAACCUCGCGUCUCAAAUGAGCGCCGCACUUCCGUGUUCUUGAUGGUAUAUUUUUUAAAAUCUUUAUACUCAAAAGAGCGCCGCACUGCCGUUUUUCAUUAAUGUCGUUUUCUUAAACAUGUACUCAGAAGAGGGCAGCACUUACGUGUUCUUGAAAAUGGAGCAUUAUUAACAUCUGUAUUCUCAAAAGAGCGCCGCACUGCCGUGUUCUUGAAAACGGAAUAGGUUUUCGGUUAUGCAUAUAUCUCACGUUUCGUCGGGUUAUCAGAAGAGAAUUUAAGGCUUGACAGCAUUUGAUUUCAAAGACGUUACUGCUUGUUGGCUACUAAACGUUUAUUUGUGCAAGUAACUACAUAAAUAAUUUAUAGGAUAAAUAUUGACAAGUAAUACUAAUUGCAUAAUAUAAGAACUAACAAUUAUUAUACCCUGUUGACAACACAGAAAACAUACCGUAAAAUUCCGAAAUUAAGCUCCUGGGUUCAUAUUUUUCAGUCCCACUUGAGGGGAUUAUCUUAGGAGGGGCUUAAAGGAAAUUUACGUCUCAAAACUUGUUGCCCUGAGGACGUGGAUCUUACUAAAACUCAGCCAUGAAAGUACUUUGUGCAUAUGCAACGAGGAAAUCCAAGCCGAGAGUUAAGAGUGGACUACACAAACAGCAAUGUACUGUGACUUUUUGACUGCAAUCAUUUGACACCCGUAAUAGUUCUUUGGCAAAUGCAAAAAUUCAUAUGUCAGUGUACAAGUUUUUGCUUUGCUUGAUUUUCAAUUUGAGGGCAAUUCCAAGUACAGGCUUCGGAGGCUUAUAUUCGAGAGGCGAUUUAACAGAGGGUUUUUUAGCGUUACGAGUUUGGGGGCUUAUACUUGGAGGGACUUAUUUUCGGAAUUUUACGGUAUUUACCAUGACAAGUUUUUCAUUCUAAUAAUUUACGUGCGUGUUAUCUCCUGUACAUAUAUUUUCAUUACAAUGGCGAACCCCUUUUCCCAUUCCUCUCCCGGAGAGGGAAGUGUGGGUGUGGCUACUGCUCUUAACCCUGUUCCCUUCCGUUUAGUCACCAGCAGAUCGUGAUAAGGGUAAGGAAGAUAGGGCCCGAUUUCCAAACAAAGUCUCACUUUGGGCCCCCAGUAAUUGGCGCUAACUGUUGCGGUGUCCCCACUUUUAGGGGCGGUGCCUCGCAUGUGACGUUAGUCCCGUUGCACCUACUGGCUUCUCUUUUUGUGUGUGUGUGUGUGUGUGUGUGUGUGUGUUGUAUUACAAAUUUAUAUUGUAUUCACUAGAGGAGCACCCAAUAAAGCUGUGAAAAAAAAGAAAAAAAAACUUGUACCCCUGUGAAUAUAUGUACCCUUUUUUUGUAGUGUCAAUCUUAUUGUCUGGCAAAGCUAAUAAAAUAAAAUAAAAAUUAAAAAAAACUUCCACUUAGAUGAUAAUGCACCUUAAUAUACCCCAAACUUUGCAUAACCAUCGUUUGCAAUUUCUCCCGGGUAUUACAGUGGUCCCAAGAGAAAUCAAAGACAAUACUUAUGCAAAAUUUAAGUUCUACAAAAAAAUUGUGAAUUGGAAAAGAGUUCUCUAAAGGUUUUAACCCACAGAGAAUAUCACGUGAUCUACAAUGGGUUGUUUAAAACAUAAGGAGCAUAUCAAUUAUAAAAUAAAGUAUAACAGAAAUUGCUGUCUUUUUAUGCGAUAUUAAUAUCUAUCUCAAAUGUCACUGACUAAAAAUUCCCAUUUGCAAGGGAGGAGGUUGUUUAACUUGGCAGGGUUGUGAGUUACUCAUUGAUAUGCAUAUUUACACAUGACCUUGAAUAGCGUCUGGGCUAGGCUUACUUCCUUCAAGCAGCGACUACACUUGACAAAUUUUCCCAUUUACAUGAAGAAAUUACUAAUGAGCUGCAAAUAAGUAAUAACUUUGAGAAGAGGAUACUCUCAACUUCUUUCACUGGAACAAGUUUCCCAUAACAACUUUUCCUUGGUGGUGUAAAUGAAUGUUGACAAUUUUUUUUUCAAAGAAAAACCACCAAGUUCUUUUAUUUACACGAGCAAGACUUCCAAGGAAAACUUGCUUCUGUAUUCCUAUGGAUUUAGGUUCUGCCGAAGGAAGUGUAAUUUUAUUAAAUGAGCUGCCCUCUGCAAAUGUUCAAUGACAAUACACAGAAAACCUGAUUGAGAGAAAGCAAUGCAAAAGAACAACUAAACAGUCACUAGACCUGUGAGAUUAUGAACAAUUUGAGCUAAAUCUCACUUUUCGGGUUUCUAAUUAGACAUGUGGAUGAGUAUGGCUGAUGCCAGGCUCAUUUCCCAUUAUCUAAAAGUAACACGUGGGAAUGGGUUGAGUUUGUUGUUGGUUCUCUCCUUUGCUCCAAGAGGUUUUUCCUGGGUACUCCGGUUUUCCCCUCUCCUCAAAAACCAACAUUCCCAAAUUCCAAAUCGACCAGGAAUCAGGUAGAUGAAGAACCACUUUGUGGAUGUGCUACCUCCAAAUUAUUAUUUAUUUAUUAUUUAUUUAUGAGGUAGUGGGUAUACAAAAAAUAUAGCUACAAGCUCGCUGCCUUACGUGCCCCUUCUUUUAAAGGAUCGAUGGUAUUUCCUGCUUUCCCACACUGCCUAUUGGGGCAAGCUUUUUGUUUGACUUGUUCCAGUGCAUUUCUUGCAUGCAAGUAUAAUAGUUUCAUACCACUUGAGUGGUUAAAAACUGUUAUGCAGGAAAGCAAGAAAUACCCUUGAUCCUUUUAAAGAAAAGGAAUAUAUUUCCAAAUGAUCGUAUUUUUUUGCCUCAACACCCGAGGCAGCUUGUAGGUAAUAAAAUUGUAUGUAAUAUAUAUAGAUUUAGCCAAGGCUUAAGACAAAGUUCCCAUCAUUAAAUUUAUAAUUUACUUGAAACAAUAAACUUGUAACCUUUGCAAAGAAAUCCACUUAGAGUUGAGCCAUGUGGUACUGGUCAGCAGAUACCAUUUUGACAGCUGUCAACUGCCCACAACAUUACAUGGAUGUGCAAUAUCAUGUUGCAAGCUCCCACACUAGCUACAAAGUGACAUUUCAUCUUGGUUUCCCGUGGUGUGGACAGAGGGAGGGAGGGACGGGUGAUCAUGUGACAACCAAAACUUCUCGGAUAGACUGACAACCAAAUUAUCUUAGCUAAGGUAAAUUCCCACAUUUGUCUUGUUUCAAGGCAUUCUUUUCUCGCAGCAUGGUGAUUUUGUAUCACACAAUUGACCACCUUCAAAAGACCCACUGUACCAUAUGACUGGCCAGCCUAGAGUAUUCAAUAAAAAAUGGGUUUUGAAAUUUAGGUUGGCGACAUAAGUAUCUCCCCCUCACCCCAGGGUGCAAAACUGGAAAUUUAAUUCUAGAGGGCCUCAUUACCAUAAAACUGGCACUGGCACUGGAAAAAUAAGAAAAUAAGGCAAAUGGCAGACAAACUGAGAAAGUAUAAAUACUAUCAUUGUCAUAUGGUCAGUCAUAUAGCACAAAUGGCUGAAAGAUUUUGUUUACCCACUACAAUUAAAAGAAGAGUAAAUUCAGACAAUUGGUCACUUGUGCUGUGCAGCUGCAAAAUUCAAUAAUUCAACUGAAAAUCAACCCAUUAUAUAAUUUUCCACUAUUUUUACUACUCUUUAGGUUUUCCUCUUUACUUGCCCAGCUCUUCUUUUAUUAGCUAGUUCAAGGGCAUUUUUGCAUCAUUAUCAUGCAUGUAAUAGAGUAGCCUGUUUGCCCUAUACACUCUUUUACUAAAAUAUAUUCCUCAAAAUAUCUUAAGUUACAAGCUGGCUUACCGGUAGGUCAUAGCCACUACUAAGUAUCAACCAAAAGAUGGAAUUAUAAUGGCAACUAUAUCUUUAAAUUACUUUUAAUUUGAAGUGCUACUAUGAUGGAAAAAAUCAAUUCUCUUCUCCUUUAACCAGAUUAUUAUUAUUUUUUGAUUUCUUAAACAAGUUCUUAUUACUUUAACCAUGAUUAUUAAUUUGGUUUGACGAUGCAUCCAUCAUAAAAUACAUGUAAUAAUCUUCUGUUCCAGUUGAGUGGCAACAAUAGAAAUUGAUUGUGACUGGGUAUGAUUUGACAUUGCAUCUGAGGUACAGAAAUAGAAUUUGAAAUAAAGAAACAGAUCAAAUAAAAUAUUGUUCAUGCAUAAAUUUUUUUCACAUUUAGACUACCUGUGGGUUGUACAAGUUCUUAUACCAAGGAAGAGCCAAAUUUUCCUCUGCGGAAUACUGGUAAUCUAAUUUCACAGAAAACAGUGUAGCGUAACAAGGGAUUGAAUUUUGAAGAUUUUUCAAGACCUAGUAAAGAAAUCCAGUAUUUUUCAAGGACUUUGCUUUUUAAGAUGACAACAAAAAUGCAAGACCUUUUCAAGCUUGUAAUUUAAACGAGGUAUGAAUGCUGCUAACUAAGCACAGGGUUUGAGAAUUCCAACUGCAGCAUACUAAAUAAGCAGCUUUCAUACACUUUAAAGUCAGAUCCUCUGAAACAAUAACACCACUUUCAUUCAUGAUGCAACUCUUGCUGCCACUUGACUGACAUAAAAUUUAUUUCAGUAAAUUAACGUGGACAGGUAAACCACAUAAUCAUUGCCAAAGUAACAGCCUUUUCUUUGAAAUGACGACCUGAAAUGUUUAUUAAAUAAUCAUUAUUUUGCAAAUAUACCUGCAGAGAAAAGAGAAUUGACUCUGGCCAAUACCGCACAUUAAAUAUCCUUUGCUUUGCCAUAAAAUUACUAUGAAGCCAAGACAACUCCUCAACAGGUGCUUGAAUGCAGCUUCCUUUAUUAUGACAUUUCACCACCAGUGUGCAGCCACGUACAGUCUGUAAUCACAAACUUCCUUAUUCUGAUGGAUUCAUGAUGCUGGGAAAAAAUAAACAACUAUUCAGUCUACACCUAAACUGACAUUGUUGUUGAUAUGAUUUAUCAAUAGACACUUCCUUGGUUUCAUUUUAAAAUAAUAACAGUAAGUAAAUAUCCUGGAAAUAACACCUUAACCCUUCAACGACAGCUUUAGUCAUUUUUGUUCCAUAUGAAACGAUGCAUAUUUCCCUUUCUGGAGCCAUUUAGCUUUCAGUUUAAGCUAACAAGAGGGUGAAAAACAUCAGCAAAGAUACAUCUUUCCACUAAUACCUCGGUCUUGAUAUUCUGACCAAUUCAGACAAACUUGCACUCACUGAAAAAAGAAACAUUUUGCAGUCACCAGAGGGUUAAAAUCAGUGAAGUGGGCCAGUUUGAAAGGAACUUGAUGAACACUGACGAAGAUAUAGCUCCAUAGAGUCAGCACAUAUCAAUUUAAACUUGGUAAGUAGUGUUGACGAAUAUUAGCUUACUGGACAUCAAAACUUGCAAAACCAAAGAAUAAGGUCUAUCUUUGUAAUGUUUUAUAUAGAAUUUUGAAACUGAGAAGUGGUUUGCAAACCAAGGCACAGCUUAGCUGAGUGUGCUGAGUGGUAGAAAUUUUUGUCUGUACUGCUCUGCGAUAUAACAAAUUAAAAGUACCAUGCAAAUUCCUCCUCAACAAGAAGAGGCUGGCAUUAUUCAGUCAUAAAAAAACUUUUUUGAGCAAUUUCCCCCAACAGUUACAGUGAGAAUAAAACUCAUAAAGGAGGGGGGGGGGAGAGAGAAUGGGCAUGACCAGUUGCAGCUAGAUGCAUGUCUGAAAGCUCCACAAACCUGGCUUUGAGAAAUCAACACAACACAGUGAAUAUUGCCUUUUUCCACCUCUUUCGCUUUACUAACAUUGCCACAACAGUUACGAGCAUGGGAAACAAAGAUUUAGAUAAAAAAUGGCUGAUGAUAAGCAGCUCUAGCCCCGACACGAAUUCCAUUGAAGCAGCCCAAGAUGGCAACUACAUUAAAAUGACACUAACAGAAUAUCUCAUACUAAGGUUAACAGCUAUCAAAGAUAGUACUAAAAUUUGAGAAAAACAAAUUUUUAGCUGAGUGAACUUCAAAUGAAAAUACAAGCCCUAAGAAAAAUCUGUGAAGUAAAUAAGACAUAGAAUGACACCAAAGAUUACCUUGAGUACACCCAAGGUGAACAUGAUGGAGACAAAAAUACCAUACAGGCUCGAGGAAUAAUUGUUAAAUAGUCUCCUGGCUUUCAACUAUUUAUCUACCCACCUAGAGAGUAACACUAUGGAUGAAAACUGGUCCAAGAUCCAUCAAAGUGAUCUUGGAAGCCACUGACAACUUCAUACCACAGAAAAUGUCAACAAGGGGUAGCAUCACCUCCCCUGGGUCAGCACUUCUUUGAAACAUCUAAUGAACAAAUGUGAUAAAACGUAUAAGAAGGCUAGGCAUGGCGGCAAAGCCAUUCAACUUAGCCAAAUACAAACAACUUUGCAAUAUAACAACCAAAUGCCUGCACAUUGCACAUGGUAAGUACGUCAAUAAAGUCAUGGGUGGCUCAACUCCAGAGUCUCUGGAGACUGGGCCUGACAAUGCUGUGUGUAAUGGAAUCAAACGUGCCUGGUUGUACUUAAAGCUGCUUCGAACCGAAUCCCAAGGAAUCUCAGCAUUAGUAUCUAACAACCACAUAUGUACGCUCUUCAGACAGCUCCAACGUUGAGGCCUUACACGAGCAAUAUGAUGGCAUGUUCAUGGAAGAAGACCUCAGGAAUUUACCACAAAAGCUCCCCCUCCCCCCCCCACCCCCUUGCCUUAUGUGUAUGCCUGGUAUAACAUUCUCAACAGAGGGCAGUAAGAAGAAAGUCCUGAAAAUUAAGGUCACUAAAGCUAGUGGACCAUGCAGUUUUGAUUCCAGCUAGAAUUCUCUGUGACGCUGCCUCAGAACUUGCAACAUACAUGUAAAAUUAUGAGUAACAUUACUUGUUUGAGUAAAGUUUACUCACCUCUCAAGGCUCCACAAAUGUGCUGCUCUGAUUGGUUAAGACAAUAAAUAAUAAUAAUAAUAAUGAGUCUUUAUUUCACCAGAAGAUAAAACUACAUAUCUUAUGUUACAAUAAGAGAAGAUAAAAACUAUGAUAAAAAUAUCUACGUUAUAUGUAUAUAUUAAAAAAGUGUAUCAUUACAAUAAAUGGAGCUUAAAAAUCAACCUAUUUACAAAGGUGUUCAUAAAACGCUCUGUAUUAAUUUUUGGGCGUAUGCAGCCUUUUUUCCUAAGAUUAUGUACAUACGUCUUCUGGACAGGAAUGAUAUCUUUUAGUGGGUGGCAAUCCGUUGAUAUUAAUUUCUUUAAAAUGUUUUGGUCUUGUUUAUUUAAAAGAUUCUUGAUAAAAACUGGAAAUGAAAUAAAACGGCGUUUAUGGCAUCGGUCUAAAAAAUUUUGUAUAACCGUAAGAUCGGAUUCCGAUGCCCCAUAGACAGGGGAAACUUUUCCCUCAAUGGUAACAGCUUUUAGUACAUAAUGAAUUUGGCACAGUACGCAAUGUUUCUGAUAUGUGUUACAAGAACUUACACCUAACGUCCAGUGACUGGGUCCCUUAAACAGCCCUGAGAAUAAGAAGAUAAAAUCAAGUCAAUAAAAAACUCAUUCUUUAAAUUGCAUAAAACACACAGACAAAACAAAUAUGGUUGGUUCAUUUCAACAAAUUAAAAAAUAUAUUUGAACCUGCGUUGUGAUCACUGUCUGUCAACUUGGACGAAUGCACACUCAAGGUCUGGGUUUAUACCAACAUUGUUUUUCUCAGAUUUCCUUGUUCCUCAGUGAUACCAAAAAAAACAGAAAUUUCCAGUGAUGACAUUUUUUCUCUGUAAAUAAUAGCAGAUAGUUAGCUUACAGCAUACAGACAAAAUGCUGGCUGCUACUCAAAAUAACCUAUUUAAUUUCAUCAGUGGUCUAAGUCAAGUUAACUUUUCUGCAAAAUCCUGCAGAAAAGCACACAAAAAAUCCUACUUUCUUUAUUUCCCUUCUUUUCUAUUAAUGACCUGAGAAGAAAAUUAUAUUUUAUUGAACAACAAAAAAGAAAGUAAAUGAAAUGCUAAUGAAAUAAAACUUAAAUAAACAGUUACAGUGUAGUUUUAAGAAGACACUCUUUGGUCUUCAAAAAAUGGAAUUGCAUGAAGUAAUAAAUGGAAAUUGUUAAACAGCUGCUCUUUACAAAACUUUUCACUUUGUCAUUUAACCAUACUGAAUCCUAAUUUUUGAAGGUUAUUUUCAUUAGAAGGAAUGACCAUCAAGCAAACCCUAGUGGAGAGUUAACCUUUAUGUCCUCGACGACACUGACCUCUUGCUUUGCUUUCAUCACAAAAAAUGUGCCAAAUCGCAUAAACAAAGCCUAUUUACCUCCAAAUUUAUGCUGACUUCUGUCUGCAAUACUUUCAAACAAUCAAAUCUGAUGGAUCACCCCAUUACACUACAGGGCUUCUGAGAGGUCGCAGAAAAAAAGUCAAAUUUCGCAGGAUUUUUAGAGACAGAUUCACGGAAAUUUUCAGUGGCUAACUUUGCCAAUACAACAAUCCGAAAAAAACUGCUGAUUUCAUGGGCAAAUUUCGUUAGAAAUCAGUCAAUUUUGAGCUGAUUUGACUAAGCAUGUUAAAUGUUUUUUAAGAGAUAAUCAUUUGCUAUUUUAUAAUGAGCCAAUGACAAAGCUUUUAACAUCAUGACUAGUGCCCAGUUUUUUGCAACAUAAUUUAAGCCUGGUAGUUUUGGGAUGUUUUUCGCUCAUUGAAGUGAUGAGGGAGAACUUACAAGAUAAAUUUACCACAAUUAAACAGUCCCAAUAGUCAAGAUAAGUUUCCUAUACACUCUUUUACUAAAAUAUAUUCCUCAAAAUAUCUUAAGUUACAAGCUGGCUUACCGGUAGGUCAUAGCCACUACUAAGUAUCAACCAAAAGAUGGAAUUAUAAUGGCAACUAUAUCUUUAAAUUACUUUUAAUUUGAAGUGCUACUAUGAUGGAAAAAAUCAAUUCUCUUCUCCUUUAACCAGAUUAUUAUUAUUUUUUGAUUUCUUAAACAAGUUCUUAUUACUUUAACCAUGAUUAUUAAUUUGGUUUGACGAUGCAUCCAUCAUAAAAUACAUGUAAUAAUCUUCUGUUCCAGUUGAGUGGCAACAAUAGAAAUUGAUUGUGACUGGGUAUGAUUUGACAUUGCAUCUGAGGUACAGAAAUAGAAUUUGAAAUAAAGAAACAGAUCAAAUAAAAUAUUGUUCAUGCAUAAAUUUUUUUCACAUUUAGACUACCUGUGGGUUGUACAAGUUCUUAUACCAAGGAAGAGCCAAAUUUUCCUCUGCGGAAUACUGGUAAUCUAAUUUCACAGAAAACAGUGUAGCGUAACAAGGGAUUGAAUUUUGAAGAUUUUUCAAGACCUAGUAAAGAAAUCCAGUAUUUUUCAAGGACUUUGCUUUUUAAGAUGACAACAAAAAUGCAAGACCUUUUCAAGCUUGUAAUUUAAACGAGGUAUGAAUGCUGCUAACUAAGCACAGGGUUUGAGAAUUCCAACUGCAGCAUACUAAAUAAGCAGCUUUCAUACACUUUAAAGUCAGAUCCUCUGAAACAAUAACACCACUUUCAUUCAUGAUGCAACUCUUGCUGCCACUUGACUGACAUAAAAUUUAUUUCAGUAAAUUAACGUGGACAGGUAAACCACAUAAUCAUUGCCAAAGUAACAGCCUUUUCUUUGAAAUGACGACCUGAAAUGUUUAUUAAAUAAUCAUUAUUUUGCAAAUAUACCUGCAGAGAAAAGAGAAUUGACUCUGGCCAAUACCGCACAUUAAAUAUCCUUUGCUUUGCCAUAAAAUUACUAUGAAGCCAAGACAACUCCUCAACAGGUGCUUGAAUGCAGCUUCCUUUAUUAUGACAUUUCACCACCAGUGUGCAGCCACGUACAGUCUGUAAUCACAAACUUCCUUAUUCUGAUGGAUUCAUGAUGCUGGGAAAAAAUAAACAACUAUUCAGUCUACACCUAAACUGACAUUGUUGUUGAUAUGAUUUAUCAAUAGACACUUCCUUGGUUUCAUUUUAAAAUAAUAACAGUAAGUAAAUAUCCUGGAAAUAACACCUUAACCCUUCAACGACAGCUUUAGUCAUUUUUGUUCCAUAUGAAACGAUGCAUAUUUCCCUUUCUGGAGCCAUUUAGCUUUCAGUUUAAGCUAACAAGAGGGUGAAAAACAUCAGCAAAGAUACAUCUUUCCACUAAUACCUCGGUCUUGAUAUUCUGACCAAUUCAGACAAACUUGCACUCACUGAAAAAAGAAACAUUUUGCAGUCACCAGAGGGUUAAAAUCAGUGAAGUGGGCCAGUUUGAAAGGAACUUGAUGAACACUGACGAAGAUAUAGCUCCAUAGAGUCAGCACAUAUCAAUUUAAACUUGGUAAGUAGUGUUGACGAAUAUUAGCUUACUGGACAUCAAAACUUGCAAAACCAAAGAAUAAGGUCUAUCUUUGUAAUGUUUUAUAUAGAAUUUUGAAACUGAGAAGUGGUUUGCAAACCAAGGCACAGCUUAGCUGAGUGUGCUGAGUGGUAGAAAUUUUUGUCUGUACUGCUCUGCGAUAUAACAAAUUAAAAGUACCAUGCAAAUUCCUCCUCAACAAGAAGAGGCUGGCAUUAUUCAGUCAUAAAAAAACUUUUUUGAGCAAUUUCCCCCAACAGUUACAGUGAGAAUAAAACUCAUAAAGGAGGGGGGGGGGAGAGAGAAUGGGCAUGACCAGUUGCAGCUAGAUGCAUGUCUGAAAGCUCCACAAACCUGGCUUUGAGAAAUCAACACAACACAGUGAAUAUUGCCUUUUUCCACCUCUUUCGCUUUACUAACAUUGCCACAACAGUUACGAGCAUGGGAAACAAAGAUUUAGAUAAAAAAUGGCUGAUGAUAAGCAGCUCUAGCCCCGACACGAAUUCCAUUGAAGCAGCCCAAGAUGGCAACUACAUUAAAAUGACACUAACAGAAUAUCUCAUACUAAGGUUAACAGCUAUCAAAGAUAGUACUAAAAUUUGAGAAAAACAAAUUUUUAGCUGAGUGAACUUCAAAUGAAAAUACAAGCCCUAAGAAAAAUCUGUGAAGUAAAUAAGACAUAGAAUGACACCAAAGAUUACCUUGAGUACACCCAAGGUGAACAUGAUGGAGACAAAAAUACCAUACAGGCUCGAGGAAUAAUUGUUAAAUAGUCUCCUGGCUUUCAACUAUUUAUCUACCCACCUAGAGAGUAACACUAUGGAUGAAAACUGGUCCAAGAUCCAUCAAAGUGAUCUUGGAAGCCACUGACAACUUCAUACCACAGAAAAUGUCAACAAGGGGUAGCAUCACCUCCCCUGGGUCAGCACUUCUUUGAAACAUCUAAUGAACAAAUGUGAUAAAACGUAUAAGAAGGCUAGGCAUGGCGGCAAAGCCAUUCAACUUAGCCAAAUACAAACAACUUUGCAAUAUAACAACCAAAUGCCUGCACAUUGCACAUGGUAAGUACGUCAAUAAAGUCAUGGGUGGCUCAACUCCAGAGUCUCUGGAGACUGGGCCUGACAAUGCUGUGUGUAAUGGAAUCAAACGUGCCUGGUUGUACUUAAAGCUGCUUCGAACCGAAUCCCAAGGAAUCUCAGCAUUAGUAUCUAACAACCACAUAUGUACGCUCUUCAGACAGCUCCAACGUUGAGGCCUUACACGAGCAAUAUGAUGGCAUGUUCAUGGAAGAAGACCUCAGGAAUUUACCACAAAAGCUCCCCCUCCCCCCCCCACCCCCUUGCCUUAUGUGUAUGCCUGGUAUAACAUUCUCAACAGAGGGCAGUAAGAAGAAAGUCCUGAAAAUUAAGGUCACUAAAGCUAGUGGACCAUGCAGUUUUGAUUCCAGCUAGAAUUCUCUGUGACGCUGCCUCAGAACUUGCAACAUACAUGUAAAAUUAUGAGUAACAUUACUUGUUUGAGUAAAGUUUACUCACCUCUCAAGGCUCCACAAAUGUGCUGCUCUGAUUGGUUAAGACAAUAAAUAAUAAUAAUAAUAAUGAGUCUUUAUUUCACCAGAAGAUAAAACUACAUAUCUUAUGUUACAAUAAGAGAAGAUAAAAACUAUGAUAAAAAUAUCUACGUUAUAUGUAUAUAUUAAAAAAGUGUAUCAUUACAAUAAAUGGAGCUUAAAAAUCAACCUAUUUACAAAGGUGUUCAUAAAACGCUCUGUAUUAAUUUUUGGGCGUAUGCAGCCUUUUUUCCUAAGAUUAUGUACAUACGUCUUCUGGACAGGAAUGAUAUCUUUUAGUGGGUGGCAAUCCGUUGAUAUUAAUUUCUUUAAAAUGUUUUGGUCUUGUUUAUUUAAAAGAUUCUUGAUAAAAACUGGAAAUGAAAUAAAACGGCGUUUAUGGCAUCGGUCUAAAAAAUUUUGUAUAACCGUAAGAUCGGAUUCCGAUGCCCCAUAGACAGGGGAAACUUUUCCCUCAAUGGUAACAGCUUUUAGUACAUAAUGAAUUUGGCACAGUACGCAAUGUUUCUGAUAUGUGUUACAAGAACUUACACCUAACGUCCAGUGACUGGGUCCCUUAAACAGCCCUGAGAAUAAGAAGAUAAAAUCAAGUCAAUAAAAAACUCAUUCUUUAAAUUGCAUAAAACACACAGACAAAACAAAUAUGGUUGGUUCAUUUCAACAAAUUAAAAAAUAUAUUUGAACCUGCGUUGUGAUCACUGUCUGUCAACUUGGACGAAUGCACACUCAAGGUCUGGGUUUAUACCAACAUUGUUUUUCUCAGAUUUCCUUGUUCCUCAGUGAUACCAAAAAAAACAGAAAUUUCCAGUGAUGACAUUUUUUCUCUGUAAAUAAUAGCAGAUAGUUAGCUUACAGCAUACAGACAAAAUGCUGGCUGCUACUCAAAAUAACCUAUUUAAUUUCAUCAGUGGUCUAAGUCAAGUUAACUUUUCUGCAAAAUCCUGCAGAAAAGCACACAAAAAAUCCUACUUUCUUUAUUUCCCUUCUUUUCUAUUAAUGACCUGAGAAGAAAAUUAUAUUUUAUUGAACAACAAAAAAGAAAGUAAAUGAAAUGCUAAUGAAAUAAAACUUAAAUAAACAGUUACAGUGUAGUUUUAAGAAGACACUCUUUGGUCUUCAAAAAAUGGAAUUGCAUGAAGUAAUAAAUGGAAAUUGUUAAACAGCUGCUCUUUACAAAACUUUUCACUUUGUCAUUUAACCAUACUGAAUCCUAAUUUUUGAAGGUUAUUUUCAUUAGAAGGAAUGACCAUCAAGCAAACCCUAGUGGAGAGUUAACCUUUAUGUCCUCGACGACACUGACCUCUUGCUUUGCUUUCAUCACAAAAAAUGUGCCAAAUCGCAUAAACAAAGCCUAUUUACCUCCAAAUUUAUGCUGACUUCUGUCUGCAAUACUUUCAAACAAUCAAAUCUGAUGGAUCACCCCAUUACACUACAGGGCUUCUGAGAGGUCGCAGAAAAAAAGUCAAAUUUCGCAGGAUUUUUAGAGACAGAUUCACGGAAAUUUUCAGUGGCUAACUUUGCCAAUACAACAAUCCGAAAAAAACUGCUGAUUUCAUGGGCAAAUUUCGUUAGAAAUCAGUCAAUUUUGAGCUGAUUUGACUAAGCAUGUUAAAUGUUUUUUAAGAGAUAAUCAUUUGCUAUUUUAUAAUGAGCCAAUGACAAAGCUUUUAACAUCAUGACUAGUGCCCAGUUUUUUGCAACAUAAUUUAAGCCUGGUAGUUUUGGGAUGUUUUUCGCUCAUUGAAGUGAUGAGGGAGAACUUACAAGAUAAAUUUACCACAAUUAAACAGUCCCAAUAGUCAAGAUAAGUUUCAAUAUGUUGUAUCGACAUGUCUUUUGACAAGGUUUAUAGCGAAUUUUGCAGUACUCUACUGCUCAAAAGUAACUUACCACCCUCUUGCAAGACACGAAUCAUGUCGCGCGCUAUGCAAUUCUCGUCACGCACCACGCGAUUCCUGUAGCACAGGACGCGAUUCUUGUAGCGUGCGAUGGCCUAAAAACUGUAAGUACAUUUGUAUCAUGGCCAAAAUUCUUGAGCCAUUUCAAGAAUCGAUGGUAAAGCUUCACCGUGACUAACACGCCAACAAAUUGGACAGGUAAUUAUUUACAUGUAUGUAGAAGGGGGGAGGGAAAAAAAGAAGGGUGGGUCAAGGCUAUUUCAUAUUAGCUAGGGGGGGCCUAAACUUUUUUACAAAGAAGUUUAAGGGGGUCAGCAGUUUGAUCACCAGGUACCUGUAUAUUUUAAGAGGGGUCCACUGGCCAAGAUGGGUAAAGCAGUUAUAUAGUUGAUAGAGUACAAACAAUGUAUGCGAAAUAGUAAUGGUAAAUGGUACAAUUUUAUGCUAAUCCUAUUGCUUUUUGUUUAAGCACUACUAUUUUGUACAACUUAAUCAUUUGUAUUUGACAGAAAUUUUUUUGCACUCUAAACUUCAAAUCUUACUUCAAAUUUUAGGUAAUUAAGAAUUCAGACCUAUCUGCUUUAAUAUUUGGUUUGACUGAAUUUAACAAAAUGCUUGUCACUUCAACAGCCCAAGAAAAACAUGGUAGAUCAACAAGAAACUACAACUGUAGGAAGGAUUAUAUUUUGCAUAGUUAUUGCAUUUGUGUUCACCAUGAAGGCAGGAUUUGUAAAAAUCAAUCAGUUUUCUUCUUUUUAACACAACAACACUUUUAUGAGUUAAUAGGAUGUUACAUGCAUUAUAAUAAUUACUUUGUACUGAGCAUAUAAGAAGAGAAAUGAGGUGGGGGGUCAUCACGUAAAUAUUGAAUAAAGAAGGAGGGUCAGUUGCUAUUUACAUGGUCUACAGGGGGGGCCUUACAAACAUAUUCUUUCCAACAUAUUUUUCCCUGCCCCCCACCCGCCCCCUCCUCCUGCCGUACAUAAAUAAUGACAGGUCCCUUACAUUAUACAAACUGGUGACUAGAAAAUUGCAUCUGGCAACCUGAGGAUUUUUUUAAUUCCGAGCCCUAGGGUAGCCUGAAAUUCAUCCGAUUGCUUCGAGUCGUUUUCUCCUCUCAACAACGUCUGAAUCUACCAUCCGUUAAUGCCGUCCAGUGACGUCACUCACUACCCGAAAACCGGGUAGUGAUUUUGAUUGGUUGAUUGUCUAAACAUUCGCAUAAUUAUGUAUAAUUAUGAAAAAUUUUANCUUUUUGUUUAAGCACUACUAUUUUGUACAACUUAAUCAUUUGUAUUUGACAGAAAUUUUUUUGCACUCUAAACUUCAAAUCUUACUUCAAAUUUUAGGUAAUUAAGAAUUCAGACCUAUCUGCUUUAAUAUUUGGUUUGACUGAAUUUAACAAAAUGCUUGUCACUUCAACAGCCCAAGAAAAACAUGGUAGAUCAACAAGAAACUACAACUGUAGGAAGGAUUAUAUUUUGCAUAGUUAUUGCAUUUGUGUUCACCAUGAAGGCAGGAUUUGUAAAAAUCAAUCAGUUUUCUUCUUUUUAACACAACAACACUUUUAUGAGUUAAUAGGAUGUUACAUGCAUUAUAAUAAUUACUUUGUACUGAGCAUAUAAGAAGAGAAAUGAGGUGGGGGGUCAUCACGUAAAUAUUGAAUAAAGAAGGAGGGUCAGUUGCUAUUUACAUGGUCUACAGGGGGGGCCUUACAAACAUAUUCUUUCCAACAUAUUUUUCCCUGCCCCCCACCCGCCCCCUCCUCCUGCCGUACAUAAAUAAUGACAGGUCCCUUACAUUAUACAAACUGGUGACUAGAAAAUUGCAUCUGGCAACCUGAGGAUUUUUUUAAUUCCGAGCCCUAGGGUAGCCUGAAAUUCAUCCGAUUGCUUCGAGUCGUUUUCUCCUCUCAACAACGUCUGAAUCUACCAUCCGUUAAUGCCGUCCAGUGACGUCACUCACUACCCGAAAACCGGGUAGUGAUUUUGAUUGGUUGAUUGUCUAAACAUUCGCAUAAUUAUGUAUAAUUAUGAAAAAUUUUAGCGGGAUUGUCGCUUAUAUUCAGUGCAUUGGAUCCCUGGCAUUCUUUCGUUGAAUUCAAACAUUUCAAUAAGCUUAAUCUUUGUCUUAAACAGCAAAAUUGACCUUGUCUUCGAACCUGAAAUGCUAAAUUGAACUGCGAAUGAAGAAUCAAUGCAGAGAGUCGGUAGGUUUUUCAUUUAGAGCCGCUUUGUGGUUUCGGCGGCCGGUUAUUUUGUUUACACAAAGUUUUCUGAGAUCAAUGUUAUAAUUCGACCUUGUUGCUGUUUUUACCAUCAAGUGUAAUGAUUCUGUUAGCUUUUCUUUUUCGUCUCUUUGUUUUUUUCUUCGUUAUGGACCAAAUAGCUUCUUUUCAAUUAAAGCAAAUCAUUGUGUUUUUGAACUAAGUGUUCCGUAUGUGUGUUUAUUUCAUUGCGUGAUUGUGACCGAGUUUGAUUAUAGAAUUUAGUACAACCGCUUCAGAGUUGCACUGCAUGCAGUUGAUAGUUUGAACGUUAAACAUGAAUUACGAUCGAAAAAAAUAAAGUAGUUCUGGAUCAUGGAGACAUUUCCAAACUAUAUUUCUCGGUUUGCUACUUGAAAAUCGUGUUUUACUUUUUGCAUGAAUUAAAGCAAAGGUCAAGGAGUAGUGACGUCACUGGAUGGCAUUAACGGCCGGUCAAUUCAGACAUUACCGAGGGAUUAAUAGCGACUCGAAGUAAUCGGAUGAAAUUCAGGCUAGCCCAAGGGCAGCAAUUCACUUCCAAUAUGGAACCCCUAGUUAUUAUUAUUAAAAUACCGAACUUGGGUUCCUGUGGUAUACUUUCACCAGGAAAUUUGAACACUAAGAGAAGUCUCUGCUACUCUUCAAUUUCUAGCAUACUGGAUUUGUCAUUGCAUAAUGACCCAAAAUAGCUAAAAUGGCCCCAGUCCCUUUUAUGGGACUGCCUUACGGGCAAAGCCCAAUCAGAAAUUGGAGAUUGCCUCGUCUGUGCAGGAAAAAGACUGAAUGGCGGACGGAUCAGGUUUCCCAUCCCCCCUCCCCUGUGUUGUUGCUAAUCUUCUGAUUUUUGAGUGAAAGAGGUGGGUAAUUUCAGAUAAAAAUCGUGGCAGGGAACAAAAACAAUAUUCUUGUCUAAAGUUAUUAGUCCUAUCUUAUCACCUAAUAAAACAGGAAAAUUUGAUUACAUAGUAUAAAGCCUCUUGUAAAAAGCUCCUUUCACUUGCCUCCUGUCCACUUAGUACUUUCUGUCGCUACCAAUUGAAACACAUUUCAGUUCCAUCACUUUAUAUUACAAAGGGACGAUUGGUCGCCUUUGAAUCAAGUUGAAGAGGGAAAUUCAUGUUUGGAAACUGGACCAUGGCAAUGCUCACUCAGCAUACACAUCCAUACAGUAGGUCCACACUGAAAGAUGAUUGUGAGCAUUUUUGGGACGCACCGGUCCGUGAACUCAAAGAGAAAUGUAAGACUUGUAAUGAAAUGAGCAAAUUUUAUGAACCAGCAAACUAAAAUUGCAAUUGAAAAAACAUUGCACUGUGAGCUGCUGUAUGGAAAAAAACAACUCAGAUGCUGCAUGGAAAGAAAGUUUUAUGUGUUGAUGAAAACAACAGCACGUAUCUUACUACAUGCAUAAAAGGAUCGCAAUCGAGCUCUAUGAUAAUAAACAAAAUACAAAAAAAAUUAAAUAGGAACCAAACAGUAAAUUUCUCUUAAGUUUAAUGGUUAAGGCUAAGAAACGGAGUGAAUUGAAUCCGGAUCCUUGUACGGUACAGCGUGAAUAAACCAAAAAAAUAAUGCAAGCACAAAUACAAACUUCAGCUUCAGCUCUAGGGUCUUAACAAACAAUUUCUUCCUUCAAGUCCUUUGGAAGAGGACAAACAGAAAGGAUUCGAGGACAAGUAGUGUUGUUAUUUAUCUAUUUUUUUACCUUUUUCUCUUCUGACAUGACUGAACUCGAGUUCUAGCAAAAAGCCAAUCAAGCAUGAAGCAUACAUUCAUGCAAAUAUUUUUCUGGGGUCAUUUCACAUUUAUGGAUCUUUAUGUCAUGGUUGUGAAGAAAUUCCAGCAUUCCAACUUAAAUAAAAUUAUCUACUUUAACCAAGAUCAGGAAAAAUACAGGGAAGAAGAGGUUAAAUUUUUAAUAGAUGGUUUUCACAGUGACAUCAUCAAAUAUUGUUAAGUCAAAAUAGCAAGGUUUUACAAAUUCUCAUUUCCACUAAGUUGAAGAUAAUCAAAAAGUAAAUCUUUGUACAAGUUUCCAUUCCAGUAGCAUGUUUCAUACAACAAAUUGAACUUCCGAGUUUUCAUAGUGCGUGACACCAUUUGAGAAACAGGAAUCCUGUCUCAUUGAAAAAAAGUCUCUCCUCUCGACUUUCAGCAGUAAAAACCAUUUCAAGUAUUAGACGAUAUAUUUAUGUACAUGUAUGCUAGUUUUUGAGUGAAAAGAAAGAGCUUUUAUAGAAAAAGUGAACUCCAGAUGUUUUUGUUGAUUUCUGGUGGCCAUAUUGGUGCAGCAAAACGGUACACCAAUAUGGCGUCUCCAUACAAAGCUCUACAAAGGUGCAUGAAACGUUUCGGCAAAUAACUCAGAAACUGUGGGCCGCAAAGGCCUGAAACUUGGACAAAUUGUUUAUAGAUUAGUCUUUUAGAACAUUUCAUUUCUUAGCUUCUUCCACUGGACGGUUUCCAAUUUAUUUUUUUGUUGCGUAACAGUAAAAACAAUCUAUACACAAAAGUUGGAGGACCAAAAAAGUAAUCGGCAAAUAGAAUCAGUCUGGACCGACAGCUCUGCUUUCCUGUCACGUCAUGUCACGGAAGCAAAUAAUUUGCUUCCGCGACAUGACAUGUCACCCAAGCCAGCAGACCAAUGUACCUCCAUUUAUGAGGUUCUUGUUUUUUCUUGGCGCGGAGGAUAA